AGAUAGAUAUUGCGGGAACGGUGCUGGGCGUUUCUGAAAGUCAUAUUUAAUCUGCCAAGGAUAUGGAAGGGGAUCAGGUUCUCUAAAUAUGCAACCUCUUUGAAUAAAUAACAUCGUUUACGUCACGUUAUCAUGGGGGCUUCAUCAUCAAAAGACAAUUCGGAUGCAUAUCACAUUAUACAUGAGGAUGAUAUCGAUUUUAGCUUCGAUAAAGAUGAAGAGGAUGUUGCCACCACAAGCCAGCCAAAAAAGUCUGCGAACGUUUUCCAAAAACAUGAAGAAGAUGUUCUCUCGAAUAUCGAAGACGAGCUGAAAGACUUUGAUUUCCCCUUUGAAAAUCUUAUUCUGGAAGGAGGCGGCGCACAGGGAAAUGCUUAUAUUGGUGCUAUUUUGGAGAUGGAGAGGCUGGGGUAUCUGAGCAAGCUUCGUCGUUUCGGUGGUGCUAGCAUCGGUGCAUUCACGGCUUGUUGCUUGGCAAUGGGACAUGGUUCCGAGAAAUUCCUUUCUAUACUCAAAGGUCCUCAGAUUAAUGAUCUUCUAGAUGCUUCACUUGGUGGUUGUAGCAUGGUACCAAAUUUCUUAAGACAUCUUGGCUGGCAUCCUGGCCGCGCUAUCUAUCAGUUCAUAGGAGAUGCCAUAGCAGAGAAACUAGACGACCCGGACGCAACAUUCAAGGAUCUGUAUGAUAAGACGGGUCGAGAACUAUGUGUGGUAGUUACGAACCUGAGUACGAUGAUGGAAGAAUAUUGCCAUGUGAAAACGACCCCCAAUAUGCCAUUGAGGGCGGCUAUUAGGAUGUCAACUUCCAUUCCAGGUGUUUUCUUUCCAGUCAAGCGACGUUACAUGGACAGAACGGACUUGUACAUUGACGGGGGUGUUCUCUGCAAUUAUCCUGUUCAUUGUUAUGAUGGAUGGUGGUUGUCGAUGAAGCCCGAAGAUUCUUUCUUGAGGAGAAUGCGCCCUCUGGAGGACGGAGCUAAACUACUCACAAAGAAGGAAAGGUUUGGGAUGUUUAACGACAAGACCUUUGGGAUGAUCAUUUAUAGCGAUUAUGAUUCUCACGUGUUGGCGACGAACACCGACUUAGAAGCGCCGAUGGCCCCCAUACCUGACACCAAACUAGCAAGAGCGCAUGAAAAGAUGAAGAAGAAACGAGACAGGGACAUGGAGCAACACGCCAAGGUCACAGAAGCAAUGACACACUUCUUAACCGUUCUCAAUGUAUACAAUCUGGAUGGCAACGCAACCAUAAGUCGCGAAGAGUUUAGCAGAGUCUUCAAAGAUACGAAUGAGUUCACCAAUGAAGAUAUUGAAAUCCUUUUCGGCAAGGGUUUAACAUCUGAUAAGAUCUUCGAGUCGCUUGAUGUUAACAGAGAUGAGCAGAUUGACUUCCAUGAGCUGAUGGUAUUAGCUGAAAGAGAAGGGGUUGGUCUUCAAACACAACAUAUUGGAUCCGGAAGGCAAGACAUCUUCAAGCCGGCAGAGUUUAUCACUGGUAUCUUCACUAUGUUACUCCUGAAUGUCAAACGAGCUUUCCUAGAGGGUAGUGAUAUUGAACGAACAGUCCUGAUCAACACAGUCUACUUUAAAUCGUUCCACUUCAAUCCAGAACAAGAGGAUGUGGAUUUUCUGGUAGAGCAAGGGAGACGUGGAUUCCUGCAGUUUCUCAAGUACCAAGCUGACAAAAUGUCAUCGGGAAAGCAAACGUGUUCAUCGUAGAGGGCGACAGACAUCGUUCACAUCUGAGUUUAAUGUGUUUUUUUAAAUAAUGAUUUCAAUAUUCCAUGGUGUAAACAAAUUAUUCGGAAUAUCGAAAAAUUCAAGCUGGUGAGGAAGCAGUUAAAUGGAUAUUUUGUUCGGUAUAGGCGUAUAUUUUCACAUUAUUAUUGUUUUAUUUCGCAUGUAUAUCCUAUUUUAAUUGUUUAUUUUCAUGAUGCUGUCAUAGAUAAAUUAUGUAUAAUCUUUUUUGUCGGAUACAAGAGAGAGAGAGAGAGGGGGGGGGGGGGGGAGAGAGCCGUGGAAAGAGAGACAAAAAGAUAGGAACUUGAAACUGAAAUAUCAUAUACUACAUGAUCCAAACUUUGUAUGAGCAGUUCAACAUGUUCAGGGGAGCAUUUCAUCAACUUUUUUUGUAUGAGACAAGUUGUCAAAUAUGACAAAUUUCGUUUAUUCUUAUUGGCUAAGAAGCAUUGUUACUAUGGUAACUGCACGUCGGAUAUUGCUGUCGGAUAAAGCGUCCGACAAGUCCUUUCAUGAAAAUGCUCCCCAGAAAGCCAACUGAUAAUUAUAUUUACGUUUUUUAUUGAUGGCGUUAUAGGGCUAGUGGGGCGAUGGGUUUUUUUAUGUAAAAAAAAAAUAUAUAAAAAGAUUUAAUGAUAUUCUUUAUAUGAUUUAAACUUAUAGUUAUAUUCAUUGUCAUCGUCCUUAUUUGUAUUGUAAAAUCAUGAAAUCAAUUCAGAAAAGCAAGCGUGUUUCUCCACUUCCCCCCAAAUGUUCUUCUAUGAUACUGAAAAAUCAGCCAGGCUGGAGGGUAUCUUCAUUUCGAAUAAAUCAAGAAAAACUAAAUAUUUGUUAGUGUAUGAUGGUGUGUUAUACGUUGUGUGUGUGUAUGUCCAAUGGUGAUUUCAGUACUUUCUUUCGCGCUAAAUAAUCAAUGAAUAUUAAAUGAUGAAUACCAUAUACCACAAGAAAUUAGGCUCACCUUUCGCUCUUAAAGUCGUUCUUAACUUACGAACAUCUUUAUAAAACGCAAACGGCCCCAGUUUUCUGGGUAUAAAGUUUUACAGCCUUCUUCCAUAUACAUAAUUUACAUACUGUAUUUUAUAUUCAUUGUUUUUUUUUACUAUAUUCAUUAUAUUAUUGAUUUGUAUAUUCUAUAUGAAAAUGGAUGAGAUGUCAGACGGAAAAAAAUCCAUGUUUGACCCAAUUUAGCCAAGACAUGAAUUUGGUCGUUCUUAUAUAUUGUACUUUGUUGUUCUUACAUUGACUAUGUUGACAUAUUUUUUUUUAUCGCAAAUUAUAUUAUGGAUCAUCACGUAACUGGUAUUGUAGCAAGUUUGAAGAACAUUGCAACUUUUUGUGCAGUGACCGAAAAUAUACUCUUUAUGUAAACAAAUAUAUUCAACAGAUAAAGAAAAUUGAACAUGUUUUAUUAUAAUUAUGGAGGCCAUGACGAGAUUUGAAUAAUCUGUUCAGUAGGUGUGUGCUCACUAUUAUUUUCAUGAUUAGUGUGCGCCUACCCAUCACACACUUAAAAAAAACCGGUAAUUUUGCGCCCUUCGAAUGUAUAAGGGGGGGGGGGUGGUCCUUUACGGGGUGCAACUUUGCACCAUAUAACAAGAUUUUUGCACUAUCAUGAUUCCACUGAGUUAACUACAUUUCAUACUAUACCCUAAAAGGUGUGCAUGGUUGUAAAAGGUGUGCCCUUUUCACUUAUUACACCCUACCAGGUUGCAAAUCUACGGCCGAAGUGACAAUGCCCUACUUGAACCGUGUGUUUAUUCUUUUGAUUUAUUAUUCAAAUAUGAACCAUGAUUGUCAAGAUUUUAAGAUCUUAAGGUUAUUAUUGGUAUCCAUACCUUGUAUUCUAUACUAUAAUAACGCUGUUUUAAUAAUAAUAAUAACGGUAUAUUUACCCAGGGUAUAAUUAUCCACUUCAAUUUUGAAAACUGUUCUCUCAGUGGGCCCUGCUAUUAUAACAAUAUACUGUCUGGCGCAGAGGCGUCGAUCCUGGGGGGGGGGGGGCAGGGGGGGGCGAUCGCCCCACCAAUGAAAAUAUUGGGGGGCAAACAUAUCAUUUUGCCCUCCCAAUAAUUCCGGAUAUAC